ACGAAUCACGGAGCGCCAGCAGCCGAUCCAGCCCCCGGGCAAAUCCCCAACCGGUGCACGGCAACACCAGCGAGCCGAGAGGAGGAAGGGCAAGAGCAGGGCGCGAAUUCCACCCAGAAAUCGAAGGUUUUGAGCAGAAAAAACGAGCGAGACUCGAUGGCGGAGGGGUCGAAGCCGGACGUGCCGCUGUUCCAGCUCCUCACUGACCUUCUCCAGCAGGUGGAGUCAAUGAGCAACCAGGAAGAAGUAGAGUUGCGUGCUAAGAUCGAAGCAUUAGGAUUAGAAGUCACCAAGGUACCGGAGCAGGCACCUAAGCAUCUUGACGAGCUAGAAAUAGCUGCAGAGCUGGACAAACUAUCAUCACGUCUUGAUAACGUCGACAAGAUGAUAUCAUCUGCCAUGGCCUCAGAUCCAGAGGUGAAAUCUCUAUUGAGCAGCACUGCGGAUAUCUGGAUGCCGGUCAUAACUGCAUCCGCCGAUGAGAGACGGUGUUUUGCAGGGACGAGCAGUGAAGGCAGCCAGGACGAGAAGGAGAAUUCCAAGCAAUAGCUGGCAUAUGGGCUGUGAUUGUUUCAUUUUGUGGCUUUGUAUCAACCUGAUAUAUGUUCAUUCAAACCAGUGUUCUCAUCGGGGUCAUGUCUCAAAAGAUUUUUGACGAAAUAAACAAUAAACACGUCUGUCAUGUACAACAAUUCAAUAAUAAGUGCGAUCUGAAUUGUGAACCCUCCAGUCGGCCUCAA